AUGUCUACGUUCAGUGGCGAUGAAACAACACCUUUCUUCGGCUUACUCGUCACCGCUUCGGCUCUCGUCUUUUCAUGUAUGGGAGCAGCCUAUGGGACGGCGAAGAGCAGCGUGGGAGUGACGUCGAUGGGAUUGAUGAGGCCGGAGCUGGUUAUGAAGUCGAUAGUUCCAGUUGUAAUGGCUGGAGUGCUCGGUAUCUACGACAUGGUUUUGCUGUCAUCAUUAGUACCAGGAUCAAUCCUAAGGCCAAAUCGUACUACCUAUUCGACGGCUACGCUCACCUUUCAUCUGGAUUGGCCUGUGGUCUCGUCGGACACUCUACUGGCAUGGCCAUUGGCAUCAUUGGAGAUGUCGGCGUCAGGUACUACCUUUAGAGGCCCUUGUAGUCGUGGCAGCCGAUGUGAAUUGUUCAAUUUAAUUAUAAUUGUUUUGUUUUAUUUAUUUUUAAUUUAUUGUGAUAAUGAGGUGGCAAUUGUAAAAAGUUCUAAAUUUUUUAUUUUUUAUUUUAUAAUUGCCAUGUCACUUAUUUAA